AUGAUCGAAACAGUAGGGAAGAGUGAAGUCCGUUUCAUUUUCCGAAAGAUGAGUGAACAAGCAAUAAAACCAGUGGCUGUGGGUGUUGUUGUUAACGUAGAUCUGGGAAUGAAUUAUGGUAUUAUUCAUGCGAAAGGUUAUGGACGCGUACUUAUUAUGCGCAAUUUCGAUAAGGAUUUGGUACAAUUAAGCAACUGGCUUUCAGUUGAAGUUGAACAGAAUACGGAUCCUGUUCUGACAUUUGAACGUAUCUAUUGUAAUUUUAUUGAUGCCGGAAAACCAAAAGCUAUCGAUGAACCAUUGCCCACAGCCACAUCACUCUCUAAAACGGGUACAAUGAAUUUACGUAUCCAAACACCGGUGUUCAUAGGGAAUGUCACAUUUGGAAGUAGCAUUGGACUGAGCCCAUAUUUGGGUCGCGUUUAUUUGAAUAAAAAUCUUUGUAAAAAGUUUAAUGCAAGUCCACUUACUUGGGUAUAUUGUGGUGUUAUAUCAGUUGCGGCAUGCGAAGCUAACUUCAAUUCGUUCUGGGAGGCUCGGACUGCUAGGCGUGAAGAUUGCGACGAUCCAAAAUUUGCCCAAAGCAUCAGAAGAUGCCUGGGCCGAUUUCAUUCUUUCAAUGAAAAGAACAUUUGUAUUUUACAAUUGUUUGAUAGAAAUGAUAAAGACAAAGGCUUUGCAUAUGUUCAUUCAUUUGAUUUUGCUCAUAUUAUUCGUGAACAAGACUUGAAGAAAGCGAAGGCCAUUCAGGUUUACGUUGCUGCACAACUCUUGUAUUUUCCUGAUUAUCCUGUUCUUGCAUGUUAUGCACGUGUCAUUGAUGAUGGCUUGCAAGAUGUACCGGUUGAAACGGUGGAGGAGAAACUUGCCAUGCUUGAUAUAUCUGUUACGGACAACAGCAGUGAUGUCGGAAGCAGUAAACCGAAGGCUCUUGAGGAUGCGCAAUUAAUUUGUGAUGAAAAUUGUGAAACAAUUGACUUCAUCAGCAAGCUGUUGGCAUAUCAGUCGGUGGCCAAAAAUAUCAAGAAGGUCGAUCCAGUUCUUUUUAAUGAUUUAUGUGCUUUUAUCACAAAAUAUACUUGA